GGUUUCUUACUCAACGUGAGAAAUAGCCGCGCAGUGAUCUGCUGCCCUGAUGUAGCUCCUGUAAACUUUGUCUCAGCACUCGUUUUGUAAGAAACGCUUUUGAAGACAGGCGACAGCUUCUAUUCUUCGAAAUGGGCGACGACAUGGACAGCCCUCCUGAAAGGGAGAUGAAGGAUUUUCAGUUUCGACAGAUGAAGAAAGUCCAAGUAUUUGAGCCUGCUGACAAAAUGCCUAAAGACAGAUCUAGCCUGCUGACCAUCUCUAACAAGUUUGGUUUAACAUUUGUGGGGCUUGACAGAACAUUUAAAGUGUACUUAACUCAAAGUAUUUUUGCUGCCGAUAAAGCUGAUGGGAACUCUUAUGAUGUAGUCAAAGGGAUGGCAGCGCUGGCGGAGGUGACUGUGGAGCUGUCUCUGCAUCACUUGGCUCUCAGUUGUGACGAACUCACUUUGUCAGUAUGUGGUACAUCGGAGGAGUCGGGUUUGUCUGUUACGUUCUAUGAUGUCCGCACAUUCCUUAACAAGACAAAACCCCAGAAGGUACCAUUUGCGUCUUUGCAGCCAGCCGUGGAUGCUGGUACUUUGAUGCAGGACCUAAAGUGGAAUCCUGUUCAUCCAUCCAUGUUGGCUGCCUGCUUGUCUGAUGGCAGCCUGAUGAUUCUGGAUGUUACAGAUGCUGUCAGUGUGCAGGCUCAGCUACCUGCUACAAGUGGAAUCACCUGCAUUUCCUGGAGUCCAAAGGGAAAGCAGGUUGCUGCAGGGAAAAUGAAUGCCACAGUCAGUCAGUAUACACCAGCACUAGAAGAAAAGAGAGUGAUUCAGUGUCCACACUUUUACACCCCAGAUGACCCCGUCAAAAGUACUUUGGAUGUGUUGUGGCUGAAGACGUACGUGUUCGCUGUGGCGUAUGCUGCUGCAGACGGGUGCCUGGAAACCCCCCCUGAGCUAGUGAUGAUUUUCUUACCUAAAAAGGAUGAAAAGAUGGAGACAAAGUAUCUGAACUUUGGUGACAGUGUGUUUGCCAGCAACGCAGAGCGACAACAUCAUUACUUCCUAAGUCACAUAGAGGACUGGGAUCUUUUGUUUGCGGCAUCAGCAGCUUCUAUUGAGGUCAGCGUGAUGUCCAGACAAGACGAUAAGGUUUGGGAACUUUGGCUUCUCGAAGAUGCAAGUAGAGCAGAACUUCCUGUGACCGAGACGAGUGAAGACACUCUGCCUCUUGGCUUAGCCAUAGAUUACACCAGCCAGCAGGAGAUUCACAUCACUGACGAGAAGACAUUGCCUCCAGCACCCAUCAUGCUGAUGCUGUCUACAGAGGGCUUACUCUGCCCGUUUGCUCUUCUCAACCUAAAUCCCGGGGUUAAACAGCUGGUCUCACCCUCUACUCAUCUCGCCUUGGAAGGAGAGAGAUUGCCAAAGCCAGGUUCUUUGGCAUCCCAGCCAGCCAAACCUGCUACCUCCAUUCCAUCUGUGCCAGCUUCGUUCCCAAACCUCGRUUUUUCCUCAGCAGCUGCUUCCAGUACUUCAGUCCCUGCUGCCUCUGCAGCCCCAUUCAGCUUUGUUUCUACAGCGCCUGUGUCAUCAUCAGGAUUUACCUUUUCAGUUCCAACUACAUUCUCCGCCACUUCAGCCCCUUCAGCCCCAUCAGUCCCAUCAGUCCCUUCGGCAUUCACCCUUGGGGGAUCUGCACCAUUUGGCUCUGGGCCCUCAAGCUUCUCGUUUGCUUCUAAGCCUCCCUCUGAAACUCCUUCUGUGCUCUCGGCAUUUUCCCUCAGCACCCCUUCCAUCAAACCCCUGCCAGCUGCAGCUUCAACACCUCAGAUUCUUUCCACGGCAUCGCCACCUACCAUCAAAUUAAACCUAAGUGAGAGGUUUUCACCUGUUGAGACUCCAGCUCCAGCUUUCUCCUUUAAUUCCACACUGCCCAAAACUGCUGCUUCCAAUUCUACCAGUUUGAGUGCCCCUUCUUUUCCACCCACCAAGUCACCAGCGGGAUUAGCCCCAGUGCGUCCUGUUCAGACCAGCACACCUACCAAUAUUGUGCAGAAACCUGCUCCUGCUGCACAAACUCGUGUCCAAACUCCACAGCAAACAGCUGUUGGCACGAAGGUUCUGGAGAAGCAGCAGCAGCAAAAGAGAGAAACUGAUCCCAUUAUGACUGGAAUAUUGGAAGAGAUUGCACACUUCCAGAAGGAGUUGGAUGACCUGAAGACUCGCAGUUCAAAGGCUGACUUUAAGCUUGGCACUAAUGAUGAGAUGAAGGAGCUGAGAAAAGAGUCAGAGGAUCUCCAUAUUUUUACCUUGGAGAUUAAGGAAACCACAGAGUCUCUCCAUGGGGACAUCGGUACACUGAAGACCACUUUACUGGAGGGCUUUGCUAGUGCAGAAGAYGCCAAGACCCAGAGUGAGCUGAGCAAAGACAGGAACUACAGACAGCUGCUGUACAAGAAGCCUCUGGAUCCACGCAAUGAAGAACAACUCAAGGAGAUCCGCAGGCUGUACCAGUAUGUCACUUUUGCUGUAGAGGACGUUAACGAUGUGUUGGAUGUAGAAUGGGAGAAACACCUGGAGAAGAAGAAAAAACAGAAACACAUGGUCGUGCCCGGCCGCGAGGGUCUGUUCACCACACUGUACAACAACUUGUACAUCAUCAACCAGCAGAAGAGUACCCUGGAUCAGCUGGUCCAAGAUCUGACAUCACUGCGCCUCUACAGCAAAACAGCCACUGCUCCAAGAGACCGAAACACUGCAGCUGCAACCACGGCUGGUUUGGAAACAGAGCUCGAGAGUUUAAGGAGCGCGYUGCUGAAAGCCAGGCUGGAUGAUACUCCUCCUAAAACAAAAGUCAAAUCUCCAGCGGUCAAGUUAUCACCAGCUAAACAGUCGCAGCUGCGCAACUUCCUGUCAAAGGGACAGAUGCCUCCRGUGCGCUCAACUGCCCCAGCCAACCUGUCUCGCUCAGCCUUCCUUUCACCUAAAUACUACGAAGACCUGGACGACGUGAGCUCGACGUCCUCCCUGUCCCAGUCUCUGGAGCCCCACCCGCCUCACUUGGAGCUGGAAGAGGAGGAACUGCAGCCACUUCAGCCUCCACCUGUGACUGCUUUGGCUCCAGYAUUAACCACCCCCCGCCACCCCACGGUUGUAAGGACCCCCUCCAUUCAGCCAGGCUUUGGAGCCAUCCAGUCCACUCCUCUAACAAAGAUUCACCCAGUACCAGGUGUGGGCUUCGGGCUCAGUCCUAUUGCUAGUCCUGUUCCAACUAAUAAGAUCAACCUCAGUGGAGCUGAAAGCACGGCUCUUGUCACAAAGACUGUAAAACAUGGAGCCCCCCCAGCAGAGAGAACCAUACCUGUCACCAUUUCUGCCCAGCAGGCUGCAGCCACCGCUGCUCUGCGCAGACAAAUGGCAAAUCAGAAGACAGCUGUUGUUAGUACGUCCUUGACAGAGUCCACCUUGAAGACUGUCCCCCAGGUGGUCAAUGUUCAGGAGCUCAAGGACAAAGGGCCACCGGUUCCUGUUUCUUCUAUCAUCAGCUCUACAAUGCCAGAACUGCCAGCUCAGAUGUUUGCAGUAGUUUCUGUCAACCAAGUCAAACGAAAUACAACUGCAAGUACCCAAAAGAUGUCCCCUGAAAGUACAUCCAUCUCACAGACAAGCUUUGUAUUUGGUCAAACAACCAAARCAGAGGUUUCUGUGGUUUCUACCAAUUCAGUGGAGCAAAGCAGCAACAAGCCUUUCUCCUUCACACCAGGAUCAGCAACAAGCUUUGGUUUUUCUUCUGUCACACAAGGAGCUGGAACCUCACAAGCAGUUAAAGAUGUGAAUAAAUUCUCGUUUGGUGGAAAUGGCAAAGUGGUAUUYGGUCAGCCUGCAGAACAGCCAUUCUCCCUCACCUCAAAGCCCACCUCCUCCAGUCUUGGUAGUCAGUCUCCCACUUUUGUUCCAAACACAUCAAAUGAAGCAGCCAAAAACACAUCUACCAGCACCACUUUCAGAACAGACCYACAACUCCCAAAGACAGUUGGAGGAGAGACACUAGGCAUAUUUUCUGGGCUACGUGUGGGCCAAGGAGAAGAAGGCAAAGAUUCUGCAGCAAAACCUGCUUCGUUUACAUUUGGGGAUGCUAGUCUUGGCCUGGGAGUGCAGAACUUCAGCUUUGCUCCAACAGACCUACCUAAGGGGACAACACAGAGCAGUUUGUUCAAACCUCCUGAAUCGAGCACCAAGCCAGCUUUUUCAGUUCCUCCUCCUACCUCAGCUGCUCCAGCUCUUCCUACAUCCUUCAGUAGCCUUCUCGCACCUUCGUCGGAGUCAUCUGAGGAACYAAAAUCUCCCCAGCAGCCUUCAGAUUCUACACCACCACCUGAAGAAGAAGCUACUACUACAUCUACUGAAGCUGCUGUAGAGAGCAGCAGUCAGUCUGUAGUACCAGAACCUGCAGUGGAGGUAGCAACCACAGCACCACCUGCAGCACCAACACCCACACUUCCUUUAGCCACAACUGUCCCUAACCCAGAACCGCUUCCUACCGUCACUGUAGCAGCUGAAGCAACCCCUCCACCACCAGCCACUGCUCCAUCUACAACAGAACCCCACUUAGAUCCAUCUUCCACUGCUUCUGUGUCCACUUCACCCUCUGCUACAGAAACCCCCAUCUCCCAGUCACCCCCAGCACCGUUCCAAKUACCCCCAUCUGAAAAACCAGGUUCCAUUUUUACUCAGUCUGCUCCUGCGAUAACAGACAGCAGUUCCAUUGGAGUCACACCGAUUAUCAGCACAGCUGCUCCUGCAGCCACUACUCCCACCACUGUAGUUGUUAGCAGCACGACUACUGCAGCCGCUAGCUCCGUGUUUGGGCAACCUGUUGCACCUCCUGCAUCCUCAGCCCCAGCAUCCACGGGAUUUGGCUCACCUGGCUUUGCCUCCUCAGCUGGAAAUGGUUUUGGUAAAUCGGUGUUUGGCCAAAUAAAUGCGUUUGGUCAACCUGCCAGCAGUUCUGGGACAUCUGCUGGCUUCUCGUUUACCCAGUCUGCAUUUGGAACAACGUCUAAUAGCGCAACCACUGGAGGARGUAGUCUUUUUGGGUCUGCUACUCCUAGCAAUGCAAGUUCCUUCUCCUUUGGCACUAGCAGUGCCAACACAGCCAGUAACACGGGUACGGGGCUGUUUGGACAAAACACAGCYCCAGCAUUCGGUCAGAGUUCUGGAUUUGGGCAAGGAUCUCUGUUUGGGAGUAACACCACCACAUCUUCAUCUUCAGGCUUCAGCUUCGGUCAGCCAGGCUUUGGCUGCUCUUCUGCCACUCCUGUGUUUGGUCAGCAGUCUGCAUCCGGCAGCAUAUUUGGACAGCAACAGUCAGUAAGUCUGUUUGGGUCAAGUCCAGCAAACACAGCAAGUUCAUCUUCUGGUGGAGGGUUCUUCAGUGGCCUKGGAGGCAAACCGAGCGAGGAUGCCACCAACAAGAACCCAUUUGGCACCACUGCUUCCUCCGGGGCAUUUGGACAGGCCGCUCAGCCUGGUACCAACAAUCUCUUUGGAAAUAGUGGUGCAAAGGCCUUUGGUUUUGGCCAGUCUGCCUUUGGGGAGCAGAAACCCAGCGGGACCUUCACCACUGGUGCGGGGAGUGUUGCAUCUCAAGGCUUUGGCUCCUUCUCUACACCACAAAAAACAACAGGUGGUUUUGGCAGCGCUCCGGUGUUUGGCAGCCCCCCUUCAUUCGGUGGUUCCCCGGCUUUUGGCGGCACAGCUUCGUUUGGCUCCAGUCCUGCUUUCAGCAACCCCAUGGGUUCCUCUCCGGGGAAAGUGUUCGGCGAGGGAACAGCAGCCUCAAACAUGGGAGGAUUUGGGUUUGCCUCGACCCCCAGUGCCCCUUCCUUUGGUGCUCUAGCCAAUCAGAGCGCGCCGUCGUUCGGGAGCUUGGCCCAGCAGGGCACUGGAUUUGGAAGUCAGCCCAGCAGCUUCUCGAGUUUUGGCCAGCCACAGCCACAGACUGGAGGAUUCUCUGGAAGCACCUUUGGCUCUACAAACCAAUCAAAUCCACAGACAUUUUCCAGCUGGAGAAGCUAGUUGUUUUAUUUUAUUUUUUAUUAUUAUUACUAUUUUGGAACCUCUAUUAAAAAGUUAAGAUGCUACAGUAAAAUUUCUGUCUCUGCUACAGUCAAGCUGUUGGUGCCACACAGUGGGAGGCAGGAAACACAACUGGUUUAAACAGAUAAAUAAAGUAACGUGAAGAUUCAGUCAUGUUCUGAUUCUUGACCAAACCUUUUCAGCAUCUCACAAUUAAUUUUUGUGAUGUUUGUAUUUCUUUAGGACACAAUAGAUUUAAGUAUUUUAAUUUGUACACAUAAAGAAAAAAAUACACUGCUGUUCACUCAAAUCAACUUCUGCUGUCUUUAGAUAUUUUAAAUUUGAUGAAAAUAAGGAAGUUGCAAAAAACAAAAAUGUAUUUUUUUCAAACAAUUUUUGAAGAACAUUCUCUCGUUUAUCUAUAUUUUACAUGAAAAAGUUACAAUAAAAGAUGUCUCAAAUCA